CGGUUGACCCGCUGAUGCAGAGAAUCGCGUAGCCAGGGAUAUAUAUAGAUUCAUGGAAACCCAACCGCCUAAAGGAGAAUAAUUUAGUGUAAUUGGUUUUAAGAUAUACAUAAAAAAUAAAAUUUGGGAAUUGAAAUGAAUUUUAGUACAUGGAUCAUUUUUGUCCAGACUUAAAAGAAAUUUUAGGCAUCAAAGUCGAUGGUUGAACUGAUUUCACGUUAAUUGGUUGGUCACUAAAGUCAAUUUUGAUUAUGAAUGAAUAGUAGAUUCGUUAGAAUGGAUGCAUCUUCUUCCCAUUAUUAAUGCAAUAUUGGUUAGACAAUUAAUGCAAUUUAAGUUCGUUUUCAAAGUAUAAGAUAUUUUUCUGAACAAAAAAAGGGCAUUUAUUUGCAGUAUAUAUAAGUUUUACAAAAUAAGUAUCCUGAUAAUAGUAGCUACUAGUAAUUAAAUACGCCGCCUCACCCAAAACGGCAAAUCAAAAGCAAAAACAAAUUUAUGUAAGUCAGAGCAGAGGCACCGAAACGGCACCGAUUCGGUUGUGUCGAGAAGUCCUUUGGGAAGUAUAUAUCUACGUCUAUAUAAUAAUCGUGUAUAUUGAUUGAGUUGAGGAGCCAGACGAAUCAGGAAAACGCCCGCCCAACGUGUACUCUUUUCACCCUCACAAAAUCUUCCCCUACACCACACACAACCUCUCUCUCUCUGUCUCGUCAAUCAAUCACUGAACUAACAAACACCAUUUUCUUUUCUCUCAAACGGUUCUUUUUUUCGUUUACUUUCUCUUGUACGGACAUAAGCUCCCCAACUAACCAGCAAUACUACUUCAUAUUCUUCACUCCACUUCUGUACACUUAACUGCAAAGUCCAACCACAAAUUCCUUUUUCCCAUACAGAUUUUUUUUUUUUUUUAAAGAGAGAACAACUCUGAAAAGAAGAAUUGUAAAAACAUGGGAGAGAGUUCAAUGGGUGGGGCACUUGUUCCCACCGCAACUAAAUCUGAACAACAGCCAUCAUCGCCGGAAAGCUCCACUCCUUUGCCUCCGCCAACUGUUCCACUUCCUCCGCCUCCUCCACCGCCACCGCCAGUGCCGCCGUCCUCGGCGGAGGAAGAGGCUGCCGAAGCUGACAUGGACAAGGACAUGCUGUGUCCGAUAUGCAUGCAGAUAAUCAAAGACGCUUUUCUAACGGCUUGUGGUCAUAGCUUUUGUUAUAUGUGCAUUUUGACUCAUCUUCGAAAUAAGAGCGAUUGUCCAUGUUGUUCUCAUUAUCUCACAAAUAACCAUAUCUUCGCUAAUAUUUUGCUUAACAAGUUACUGAAGAAAACUUCUGCUCGUCAAUUAGCAAGAACUGCAUCUCCAGUAGAACAUCUUCGUAAAGCAAUACAGCAGGGUUGUGAGGUGUCAGCUAAGGAGCUAGAUGGCUUGUUGGCGCUACUUGUUGACAAGAAGAGAAAGAUGGAGCAACAGGAAGCAGAGACAAACAUGCAGAUUUUGCUUGAUUUCUUGAACUGCCUAAGGAAGCAAAAGCUUGAAGAGCUUAAUGAGAUUCAAAGUGAUCUCCAAUAUAUUAAGGAGGACAUAAUUGCUGUAGAGAAACGUAGCAUGGAAUUGUAUAGGACAAAAGAGAGAUGCUCCAUGAAACUGAGGAUGCUUGUAGAUGAUUCCUUUGCAGCAAAAACCUUGCCCUCAUUGAUUGAUAAACAUAACAAUGGCAUUACAACUGUCGUUCACAACUUACAAGGCUGGAUGCGUUCAGCCAGUUCACAGAACAAGGUUGAUGUGAAAGCUCAAGCAAGCUCACAGGGAUUCAGAGGUAAGGAUGCCUAUGGUGGGUCAGAUUCAGCAUAUGAUACUAAUUCAGGAUUGGCUGUAGCAAGAAAGAGGCGGGUCCAUGCACAGUUUAAUGAUCUACAAGAAUGUUACUUGCAAAAGCGGCGGUAUUGGGCCAAACAACUUCAUAAACAGGAAGAUAAAGACCCAAAUGCAAUAAAUAAUGAUGGUUACAAUUCUGGUCUUGAGGAUUUUCAAUCAGUGCUAAGUACUUUUACACGAUACAGUCGAUUGAGGGUCAUUGCUGAACUUAGGCAUGGUGAUAUUUUCCACUCUGCUAACAUUGUCUCAAGUAUAGAAUUUGAUCGCGAUGAUGAGCUGUUUGCCACUGCUGGAGUGUCAAGGCGCAUCAAGGUUUUUGAGUUUUCCUUGGUUGUGAAUGAACCAGCAGAUGUGCAUUGUCCUAUUGUUGAAAUGUCCACCCGAUCUAAGCUUAGUUGUUUGAGUUGGAAUAAGUACACAAAAAACCAUAUUGCUAGCAGUGAUUAUGAUGGGAUAGUAACUGUCUGGGACAUAACAACUCGGCAGAGUUUGAUGGAAUAUGAGGAACAUGAAAAGCAAGCUUGGAGUGUUGAUUUUUCUUGCACCGAACCUUCAAUGCUUGUAUCUGGUAGUAAUGACUGCAAGGUCAAAGUGUGGUGCACAAAGCAAGAAGCAAGUGUUCUUAACAUUGACGUGAAAGCGAACAUUUGUUCCGUCAAGUACAAUCCUGGAUCCAGUGUUCAUGUGGCAGUUGGUUGUGCUGAUCAUCACAUUCACUAUUAUGACUUGAGAAACAUCAGCCAACCGCUAUAUGUGUUUGGUGGGCAUAAGAAGGCUGUUUCAUAUGUGAAAUUUUUGUCUAACAAUGAAUUGGCUUCUGCAUCUACUGAUAGCACACUGCGCUUAUGGGAUGUAAAAGAAAAUUUACCGCUGCGCACUUUUAGAGGUCAUGCAAAUGAGAAGAAUUUUGUGGGUCUCACAGUAAACAGUGAGUACAUUGCUUGUGGCAGCGAAACAAAUGAAGUGUUUGUUUAUCACAAGGCUAUCUCUAAACCUGCAGCUUGGCAUAGAUUUCGUUCUGACAUGGCCAAUGCUGAUGACGAUGCCGGAUCUCACUUCAUCAGUGCAGUAUGUUGGAAGAGUGAUAGCCCGACAAUGCUGACAGCAAACAGUCAAGGAACGAUUAAAGCGCUUGUACUUGCAGCCUGAAUUGUAAAAUUCAUAAGCAAUCUAAAUCAAUCCUCAAGCAACGGUGAAAACAUUGCCUCUUUGCUAGUUUGUGGUGAAACUAUAGCUUGUACACGUCAUUAAGGUGAAAUGGGCAGGCUGGGGAAGUUUAUAGGCCCAUUCUUGAAUAUUGAUAUUCUUUUUCUUCGUAUCAAUAUGUCUAUGGAGUUUUGAUGGGACUUUUCUCAAAUGCCUCGUGAAGCCUUCGUUUUGUGGCUUGUAAUGAUUUCUUGUAUGUCAGGCAGCCACUGUUUAAGCAGUCCUUCGACAAGAUGUUUAAAAGAUGAAAAUUGUUUACCUUUGAACGCUCAUCCUACCAAAAUUAGACUGCAGGAGGUGAAGUGUACGCCGGGGAAACGAUUUGUUGGUAAAUACAUGUCUCCUUUUCCUUUAUUUAUUUUUUUAAAAUUUUCUGAUUCUGUUGGAGAAUGUCAAGGCAUGGAUGGUUAACUUUCUGCAAUGGCGUUAUAUUGUCAUUUGACUGGAAAAUCCUAGAUAAAUCUAUACGCUGCUAUUCAAUAUUUCUUAUUCUCAUUCUUACGCUUACAUUUUAUUCCAAACAUAAAAGUGGAGUGCAUCACUCAAUAAAUGCGAACCGCAAGGAUAAGUUUAUACCAGGCAAUCGGUUCAAAGUGAAGAAAAAGGAUUUAUUCAAGCCCUUGUUAUUCGCUCUUUCACCUAAUUACAAAAAAUUCAUAAAACAAUGUGAAGGAAAAUCCUAAAACAAGGAAAAGAAAAAGAAAUAUGGACAAGCAACAAUCAGACCGCCAAUGGAGAAAAAUGACGACUGAAACGAUAUCUUGGCCUUUGAUUUUGAUAUACCUCAAUAUUCUUCCCUAUGAAGAGACAAUCUUAUAAACUGCCUCCUCACUCUUUUUACCGAAUUGAGGUUUCCUUCAAAAAUCUUAAUAUAAACAGAAAAAACAUUUAAAAAGAAAAUGCAGAUCAAGCAAUUCUACCAAUCAUCUCUGUAACAGGAAAGGAACCACCAAAACCCAAUACAUAAGUUAACGACUGUCAAACUAAAGCGGCGGUUGCAUUAUACUUUUUUAUAGAGCACGAACCCUACAGACGUUCUCGCCAAUGGCUAAAUUUAUCAAAAUACCCUUAACAAUAGCAUGUUUAUUUAUUUAAACUUCUAGGCAUUUCGGCCACACGGGUUCACUCGUUGGAAUGGGCUACUAGAGUUGAGGCUUUGGUUCAUCCGUUUGAAUGGGCUCAUAGUUUGGGUAGGGUUCAUUCAUUGGAUUUGUAUGGGCAACUAGAGCUUGGGCAAGGAUUACAGGCUUUAAAUUGACUGUAGAUCCACAGGAUAAAUUGGAUCUACUUUAUCCUCACAAUGAUAGAUUUUGUUCGUGAAACUUAUGCUAGGCCUAUAAGCAUUUUAUUUAACUGAAGCACAUAGAUUCUAAUCAGCUAGGGGUUGAGAAAAUAUUACUGAUGCUCUGCUUCUAGAUUCAACCAGGGGCAGCUUUUCGAAGAAAAACUAGCAAGGGGCAGGAAACAAUGAUCUUCUGCUCCUCUCAACGUUGAUGGGUAAGGAACAUGAUAGGAUCAUGAUGAUGGUCGAAUUACUUAAAGCAGCCGGCAUUGUUUAUAAUUUCCAAAAGCUUUUACCCACUCGGCUGCAUAAUAAUUAUGCUCUUCUGGGAGAUGACACUCGAACUAGGCUUAAAGCAGUCGGUGGAACUGUGUGCAGCUACUUGAGAACAUCUAAUAAUCCUGCUUGAUUUUACUUUAUGGAUAGUCCUCAAUUCUGUUCAAUUAUACACAUAAAGCUUGCCUCAAACCUAUUAUCUCGACCGUUAAUUCAUCACUGCCUCAAUCCUGCAUGGUGCAACCAUGGUGUUCCAAGGAACAC